AUAUUGAUGAGUGCCUGGAUAUGUGCCCUUUCAAUGCAACAUGCACCAAUACCCUUGGGAGCUACUUUUGUACCUGUCACCCUGGCUUUGCACCAAGCAAUGGACGGCUGAACUUCACAGAGCAAGAGGUGGAAUGUGGAGAUAUUGAUGAGUGUGUGCAAGAUCCUUCACCGUGUGGCCCCAAUUCUGUCUGCACCAAUGCCCUGGGCUCCUACAGCUGUGGCUGCAUUGUGGGCUUUCGCCCCAACCCGGAAGGCUCCUGGAAAUAUGGCAACUUCAGCUGCAAACGAGUUCCCUUCAAGUGUAAAGAAGAUGUGAUCCCCAACAAUAAACAGGUCCUGCUAUGCCAAGUGGAAACAGCAGUGGAGCCUGAGGAUGUUUCGUUUUGUGCACUCAUGAAUGCCACCUUCAGCGUUCUGGAUGAGACCUGUGCAAAUAAAACCACGGCCGUUUCUCUGAAG